GCACCCCCUACUGGUGUUGACUGGGGUCACACGCACUGUCACUAGCAGCAGAAAGCCAAGCAGCUGCCAACGCCCGGUGAAGUAAAUACCAGAUUCAGUGAGGAAGAGACAAAGUAGAGAACACAAAUAUGCAGACGAUUAAAUGUGUUGUGGUUGGAGAUGGAGCAGUGGGAAAAACCUGCCUUUUGAUUUCAUACACAACCAACAAAUUCCCCUCUGAAUAUGUACCAACAGUGUUUGAUAACUAUGCAGUAACUGUCAUGAUUGGCGGUGAGCCGUACACCCUAGGAUUAUUUGAUACUGCAGGUCAGGAGGAUUACGACAGGUUACGACCUUUGAGCUAUCCCCAGACGGAUGUUUUUCUAGUUUGUUUCUCUAGUGUUUCACCCUCCUCAUUUGAGAAUGUUAAAGAAAAGUGGGUACCUGAAAUCACUCACCACUGUCCCAAGACACCAUUCCUGCUGGUUGGAACUCAGAUUGAUCUGAGAGAUGACCCUUCCACAGUAGAGAAACUGGCCAAGAACAAACAGAAGCCCAUCACCCCUGAGAUGGCUGAGAAGCUCGCCCGCGACCUGAAGGCAGUCAAAUACGUUGAGUGCUCUGCCCUGACACAGAAAGGACUAAAGAAUGUGUUUGAUGAGGCAAUACUGGCUGCCCUGGAGCCUCCGGAACCCAAGAAGAGGCGCAAAUGUGUGCUGCUCUGAGCAUUUCCUCUCUUCUAUUGGUUAGAGCAUUUCAACAACAUUACUUGGACAAAAACAAACCAUUAUUGCACAAGAGUACUUCACUCCUAUUGGUAACUGAUACAAAUACUUUCAAAAUGUUUGGAAAGUAGUGUGCGAGUGUGGACUUAAUUGAACUAGAUUGAUCUCUACUAGAACCUGUGAUAAUUACCCUCUCUUAUAAAAUAAUAUAAACUUCAUUCCUAGAGCCAUCUCAGUAUUUUAAAGUUAAACAGAUUGGUGGCUUCAGUCUUGUCCGAAGAGUGAGGGUCACAGACACAAAGCUGAUGAUUGGGAUCAGUGACAACAGAACAAAACCCUUUCAUGUUGAAUAGUGUCAGGGCAGCAUUGCCAGUGAUUUACAAAGAAUUCACCUUUUUAGGUGUACAUAAUGCUUUCAUGAACACCUGACGUAAACAUAAAUCCCCCUUCAACUGGGAAAGUGAUGAUGGCUUCGGUAUUAAACGAUAUAUACUGUAUGUGUCAGGGAUGUAUAGUAGUUUAUUUUAUUUUAUCAAAUGCCUUGUCUGUCACAUACUUUGUACGGUUUCUGCAUUCCAGGCACUUAAGUCUUAACUGAAACUGUUGCAGUGCAAACUCAAGACUUUUGCGUUAGAAAACACUUGACUGUCGACAGAUUGUUCCUCCUUUGACAGGAACUACAACUUACAGUAUGUUUGUUUUAUACAAAAAACAUUACAGCUCACGUUUUGUCAACAUUAAGAGUAUAAGUGCGUUUCUUGAAAUGUAUCAACCUAAUAAAGUUUAGAAUUCUCAA